AUGUCAGUGACUGGGGAGCUGGAAAAAGAUGCAUCGGAUCAGCCCUUGAGAGUCUGUGCCGACAGCUUUGGCACACCACGGAGCACCCACGACCUAGUGGCCAUGGACGGCUGGUUGUACGCGGUGGGGGGCAACGAUGGCAGCUCCAGCCUCAACUCCAUCGAGAAGUAUAACCCGAGGACCAACAAGUGGGUGGCCGCGUCCUGCAUGUUCACGCGGCGCAGCAGCGUGGGCGCGGCGGUGCUCGAGCUGCUCAACUUCCCGCCGCCCUCUUCACCCACGCUGUCCGUGUCGUCCACCAGCCUUUGA